AUGCCCAACGACAACGAAGGGAUGCCAUCAUCGGCGUCUCCUGAUGUGAUUUGCGCCGAACUUCUCAAAGUGCUCAGCCGGCUCGAAGUUGAGCAACCCAUGAUAUGCCAAAACACUUGCCUCUGCCCCCAUUUCUUUCUUUUUCAGCAUUAUCUUCUCCCCCUCUGGGACUGGGGCGUCACCAAGAUCGUCUGCCUCAACCUCGGUUCUCUCCGUCAUCUGGACUACGGCAACAAACCCCAAGCCGACGACGGCACCCCCGCCGCCAACCGCCGCGUAGCCCUCCGUCGCCAAAACGCACUCGAAGCAACCCUCCUCCGUCCACGCGCACGGUUCAAUGCCCGUCCGUUGGACUUGCUUGAUCCGCUGCAGACUAUGCUGCGGCAUGUGGCUGCGCUGGAGGUGGCGUCGACGUUGAAGUUGUUUGGGUGUUCGAGGGGGGUGGAGCAUGGGUUGGUGAGGGAGUAUUUGAAGAAGACGGGGUUGGUUAGGGAUUGGUGUUUGGCUGGGAUGGGGAUGGGGGUUGAGGAUGGGUGUGUUAAGAAGCUGAAAAAGUUGCCGGCUACCGCGGGGUAUGGUGGUGACGGGGAUAUGGUGGAUGUGCCGGUGUAUUUUUGGGAUGGGGAAUCUUACACGGAGGAAGACCGGGAAGCGCUCCGUCGGUUGGCCGGGGUUUUGAAACUCGGCCACUUGCCGCUUGUGGAGGUGGUAGAGGGUGGGUUGGAAGAGGUGUGGAAGGUUGUGGAUGAGAAGACGUUGGUGUAUACGGUUGGGGUAGGGUCUGGAUCUGUGAGGAUGGAGGAGAUGCUUGCGAGGGGGGUGAAACCUGUGGCGUUGGUGUGGGGGGAUGUGAAUCGUAGUGAUGGGUUUAACGAUGAUGAUAGGACUCGGCUGGACGACUACCUGGGGUUUGGCCUCGACAAACGGACUGCUCCACACACCAUUGGGCAUUCACAUAUUUACAUCCGCAAAGAUGCCAUCGAGGAAACGGCAAAGCGGCAGAUCCUCCCACCGUACCCCGUUAAUUUCCCAGCGGAGUACGCGUAUAUCCCGAGACGUGAGGACUGGUACCUUUAUGAAGCCCCGAAACUAGGGACGACUCGGGGGCAGCUUUUCCCGGACAAGAAAAACAAGGCUGUUGGGAAGGGCGAAGAUAAGUGA